AGGACAGUGAUGGUCUCUGUGUUCCCCCAGGUCAACGUGGUGAUCAGAUCCUCGCUGCAGAGCCUCAGGGAGAAGAUCGAGCAGCUGAAGGAGCUGCUGCUGCGGGCGGUGUCCACACGCCAGAUCACGCAGCUGGAGGGAGACAGGAGGCAGAAUUUGGUGGAUGAGCUCCUCACACGGCACAAACAGCUYGAGGCAUCCUACAGGAAUGAAGGGCCGGAGCCAGACAUGACCAGGUCGAGCCUCAUGGCAGGAGGGGCCAAACGCGGCGUCAGCAACCCCUGGCUCCUGGAGGAGUCGGAGGAGACCCGAGGACUCGGCUUYGAUGAGCUCAGGCAGCAGCAGCGCAGGAUCAUCGAAGAACAAGAUGCUGGACUCGAUGCUCUUUCUUCAAUCAUAUCCCGGCAGAAACAAAUGGGGCAGGAAAUUGGGAAUGAGCUGGAUGAGCAGAACGAAAUCAUCGACGACCUCACGAAUCUGGUGGAGAACACGGACGACCGACUGCGCACCCAGACCCGGCACGUGAAGAUGGUGGACAAGAAAUCAACGUCCUGUGGGAUGCUGGUGGUGAUCGUGCUGCUGCUCAUCGCCAUCGCCGUGGUCGCGCUCUGGCCGACACAUUAACCCCGAUCCCAUGGGRGCUCCGGGGCUGAGGGGAGGGACCCACAGUGUGCAAGGACCUUGUGUGCUGGGGAUGGACCCCACAGCUGAGAAUGGACUGCACAGCUGGGAAUGAACCCCAUAGCUGGGAAUAAACCCCGUAGCCGGGAUUGGAUGCCACAGCUGGGAAUAAACCCCACAGUUGGGAAUAAACCCCACAGCUGGGAAUGAAUCCUACAGCUGGGAAUGGACCCUACAGAUGGGAAUAAACCCUACAGCUGGGAAGGGACCCCACAGCUGGGAAUGAAUCCCAUAGUGCCAGGCUGAAGCAGCGGCUGCCAUACAUCCACUCUCUUUGGAGCGCAGCUGAGGAGCUCUGUGGGGUUUGGAGGAUUUCAUCAGGAAAAGGGCUCUGUUUCCAUCUUCCUCUGGCACUGAGGAAGCUGCAGCUGCUGGAUGGACCCAUCUCUCCUUCAUCGGCAUCUGAGGACACAUUGGUGCUGAGUUCAGACCUCCCAGGGGCUUCAGACACUGAAAUCCAGAGUGGUUGGGAGAGCAGCAACGUUCCCCUGCUCCAGGACCCUUCCUUCAGAGACAAAACACCCCACGGUUUCCAAGAAGCAGUCUGGGGAAUGACUGCUCUGGGUUCUCACAGGAUGGGAAGGGACAGCACUGCAGGACCCUGUGGGCUGCACGGAAUCACUGGGACUGGGUCAGGGCUCAGCCCCUGGGGAAGGUAUUGGUCAGGUAUUGAUCUCCAGGGCUGGAGCUGUUGAUCUCCAUGGAUGAGUUAUUGAUAUCCAUGGAUAGAGUUAUUGGUGAGUUAUUGAUCUCUGUGGAUGGAGUUACUGUUUUCCAUGGAUGGAGUUAUUGGUGAGUUAUGGAUCUCCAGAGAUGGAGGUGUUGGUGAGUUACUGAUCUCCAUGGAUGGAGUCAUUGGUGAAUUACUGAUCUCCAUGGAUGGAGUUAUGGAUCUCCAGGAAUGGAGGUAUUGGUGAGUUAUGGAUCUCCAUGGAUGGAGGAUUGGUGAGUUAUGGAUCUCCACGGAUGGAGUUAUGGAUCUCCAGGGAUGGGAACUGAACGCCAGCAGGACUCAGCCCAGCCUGUGUGGGUCGAGGGCUCUGCCCUCGUGUGCUCCCCAGGGGCUGCUCCAGCCUGGCCACGGGAGCUGCAUCAUAAUUAACAUCCUGAUCCAGCACUGCCUCUUCCUUUGACAACUUCUCACAUUUUACAUUUUACAGCUGAGAGGAAGGAUUACCUAGUUCAAAACUAAUCAAAAAGAAGUAYUGAAUGUUUGCUUCUGGCCAAGAGAAUAAUUAUUUUGUUACACAUGCCAGUUUGAUUUCAGGAUUAAUAGAGCAAGCAAUAAAUACUGAUUAAAGCUGAUCCAUUUAUAUACA